GAAAACUAACGUGUACUAAAUUUAAAGCUACUGAGCAGUUCUUCCCUUCUAUCGCAGAGUUAAUUAUGCUGUACAAGAUGGUUCUAACUUUUGAGUCUGGAAGAAAUCUUAACAAUACUUUCACAUGGAACUGUUUUUUUAUUCCGUACAUUGGUCGUUGACAUUACGUUCGUAUAAAGGAGCUGCUUUAUAUUCAGGGACAGUUUUGCAGAAUUGAAAUGCAAUAUUUUUUAUUCGUAGAUCGUCCGAAUUCAGGAUAAUAACGAGGGGACAGUCGACAUGGAGAUGUUAGAGACCAGUCUGAGGGUAAUAAUAUUUGACAUAUUUUUUUCCGAAAACAAUAUCACAUUGUAAAUGUUUUUAAUUCGUAAUAAGAUGUCCCCUCACAAACAAUAAGGAGUUUUAGCAAUAGCGAAGGCAACGAGAAUGUCAAAUCAGCAAUAGGUUUAUUAAGCAUCACGCUUUUUUGUACAUUUCUUUGCCGUUAUUGCGCGACUACGACGUGAAAAUGCCUAAUCGCACGUUUUAUGGAGGAAGUAAACAAGCGACAAUAAAUCUUUCUUUCUUUUUCUAAACUUGAGUGCAUUCCCUAAGAGAUCAACUCCAGGGAAAUUUGCCUACGUUAGACGUUUUCAGCGAAUUGGAAUAAACGCGAAAAAGUUAGAAAAAACGCUGACUAAUUUUUAAAGAGACGUUUUCGCUGCCGUCGCCGUCGUCGAUGCUAAAACUCCCUAAUGAAAUUCAACAGUUUUUUUCCUAGAGUGCAUUUCAUACAGAGUUUGCAUGUCUCGCCUAAAACUCAUAUUACUUCACUUAAUUUCUGACGUCAUAUUUCGUAAUCAUAGUAACCGAUAUUCACUAAACUAAGCUUGCAGUUACUGAAUACAUACGUUUUGAAAAAAUACUCUUCUGACAAGAAUGGAGAAUAACUUUUAUGAAGGUAACCUUCAACCAUAGUUAUUUGCAAUUUCAUGACCGUUCUCUGUUUUCUGUUUUCUUGAACACAGAAAUAUCGUUUAGCAGAAUACAACAUUUACGUGGCGUUCUCAGCAGCUUCUAAUGUGACAGGAAUUAUAACAGACACAGUAGCUGUAGCUGAACUUUGUCACAAAUAUGGCGCCCUGUCAUUUUGGGAUUACGCAUCUGCUGGACCAUACCUUCAAAUUGAUAUGAAUCCCACAGGGACAGGGUGAGUCAGAAAGAAAAAUAGUUAAUAACUCUUUACGAUAUUGUCGUUUAUUAACAUUGCUUAUGAAAGUCAUAAAAACAGGCGCUCUCGCAUCGCUUCCUAAGUAAGCAUGCGCACCGCUUUUUUAAUGCACCCGCGCUUAGGUCACGUGAUAUGUCAAAGGUGACAAAAACAAUGAAUUUCUAUUGAACUUCUUUUCAGAUUGUCCUCACAUUUUUUUCCUUUAAAAGCUUAUUGGCUGCAUACCUCCUCAUGAGGUAAAAGAUGUUAAAAUGAGAUGUUAAAAUACACAGUAAAGGGAUAAAUCAGAUCAGUUUCAAGAAACUGUGUUCAGCCACCUUAAACUGUACAGGUGCUAAAAGCAGUCAGCGAAGGAUUCAUAAUAAUUGGCGAACUUGACUAGAAAAAGUUAUAUGUUAGGCUUAAGUGUUGCUUUGUAGAACAACUUCUAUUCACCAUACGCAUCUGUAACGACAACCUUUUUUGUUCCUUUUUAUUAGCUAUAAAGAUGCUGUUUUCCUAUCUCCUCACAAAUUUGUAGGAGGACCGGGGACACCGGGUAGGUGCUUGAAGUCUACGAUCUCGAGAAAUUUCUGGUCAAAACUUGAUUUUUAAAGAGUCUCCUUGUUUUGUUGGUUAGGAUUACUUAUCGCCAAAAGAAGAGUGUUCAGAAAUCCUGUACCGGGGGGUUGUGGCGGAGGAACAGUUCUCUUCGUAAGUUAGAGAAGAUUCUUACUUUUUAUCUCGAUUUUGACAAUUGUAUGGUUUGUCGAACUCAGUCCCUAGAAUAAAGUCACUGUAACAGCUAUAAUCUGGAUAACAGUAACAGUAUGAGCAUCAAAGUUGGAUCUACAUGUUUAAUCAGCUUUCAAGACGCUUCGAUGAUUUCAUGACAUUAGGUUGGCAACAAAGAGUUCUUCUAUAUAGCCCCUCUUGGUCCUCGAAUUUUCCCUCAGCUUGACUUAGGCCCCGUCUAUAUGUAGAACACUUCUCCCCGGGGGUAGAAGGGUCACUCGCCCACCCGAGCUCCCCUGGUCGAGCCAACGCUUCCUACAUUUCCUUACAAAACUUGGCGAACCGUUUACAUAAGACACAAAAAGUCGCCUCCGCUGGGAGGGUGUCCCUCAUUUCCGGGACAACGUCUCCCCACAUAAACAGGGCCUUGCUUACUUCUUACUCCCCAAUAGAGUUUUUCAAUCCCGUAAUCCCGAGGGUUAUUUUUGGCACGUCACCUCCCGCGCAUACUUUCAGUCCCGAAACCCUCCCUGAUUUUGCUGUAAAAUCGCGAAUGGCGUAUCACCAGCUGCAAAUAAGGGAAAUCUCGUAUCCCGGAAAACCUACUGGGGACCCUCGACACUAGUCCUGCAAACAAGGGAGGAGAGAGAAGGGUGGUGGAGUCGAGCCUAUCAGAAUGAAACGCAAUAUCUAUGCGAUAAUUUUCCAGAGUAUGAAUAGUUAGCGAAUUCUUUUUUAAACUUUUUGACAUUUAUUGCAUUUGCUGAUACAGGUAACACGUGACACGCAUUUGUACUUGAAAGACAUCGAAGAAAGGGAAGAAGGCGGAACACCGGCCAUAGUGGAGUCAAUACGGGCUGGUAUGGUCUUCCAGCUGAAGCAGGUGAGGGUGAAGCAAAUCUAAUAUAGUCAAUACGGGCUAAUAUGGACUAAACCAGGAGAGGGUGAAGCAAACAAUAUGAAAGUAAAUCAUUCCUCCAUAUCUUUUCAAUCUUCUAGAAAUCGAUGGGUUUGUCCAUUUUUUCCUCGAGGAAGUUGCAGCUUAAACUCGACCUGUUUUAUCAACUUUUAGGGCCUCGAUUAUAUGUUAAUUUCUUUGGUAUAUAUUGUUCAAGAACUGUUAAUAAAUUUUAAAAAAAAUCAUUAGUUCCAUAUGUUCUCUUCUUAUAUCUCAUGCUUUCAGGCUGUUGGAACAAAUGUUAUUGAAGACAGGGAAGAAGAGCUUUGCAGGUUUGUAAGAACAACUAGCACUCCUUGUUCACGGAAGUUUUGUAGGAAAACAAUGAAUUUGCUUGGCUUAGUGGGGCCACGCGGUCACGUAAACUCAUCUAUCCAUUUAUUUAUUAAAUGCCAACUGUCUGUUUAAAACAUUUAUAAGUAAGUUUACUCUUGAACAAAUUACUUUUAAAAGCAAAUAUCGAGAGUGAAUUUAUAACACAACAUAUUAAUGACACAAGCGAUAAUAGGGCUCGCGUAAUUAACGUGAGGUUGACACAAACUUCAAAGUCAAAUUUUGAAGCGUAUAAAGGUAAAGAGGUAAAGAGGUUCUUCAGACCUUGCAGGGCUAUUGCGGCGGAAAUUAUCCUUGUUUAUGUAGCAAGAAGCAUCUAGGAGUAUCCCCCCUCCCCCCAAACCCACCCAAGAUGGGUUACUAGGCCACCCUAGUAAUAUAUCACCGGUGCACACUCAUGCACCUGAGUGAAGAAUAACAAAGUGGACAAAAACACAACGAUAUAGCAAGACGUACUGCCCGACCUACAGAUCUCAAGUCCGAUGUGUUAACCACUAAUAUAUACUACCACAACUGAUUUUGUAGAGCAGAUUAUUGUUCUCUUUUUCGCCCUUUAAGAUUCAUUUAAGUCAAGGCGAAGAAAACUGGAAUCAAACGUGAAAGAAAUAGAGAUACCACUCUUCUUUGUUUGUAGAAAUACGAAGUAUGCGACUUAGUUACCUUAGGGACGUGCGAUUAAUGAUUUCAUUACUUUGUUUAUUUGUUUGUUCGAAGGAAAGCCCUAGCCGUUUUGCAAAAGAAUUCAAACAUUAAAAUUCUGGGGAACAAGGAAGCUCGCCGUCUGCCAAUAUUCUCAAUGUUAAUUCGUCACGAAGACAGCGGGAAGUUCCUGCAUCAUAACUUUGUUUCCGUGCUACUAAAUGAUCUCUAUGGUAUCCAAGCGCGAGGUGGUUGCGCAUGCGCUGGACCUUACGCACAGGUUAGUCAAACAAAUGGAGGAACAUAGCGAAGUAACUCGCAGUACAUUUCACUCAUAACAUGCAUACUUAGUGAAAUUAUCACAGCUUUGGAACUUGAAUUGUUAAGAGUAACAAAAAAUAAUAAGAAUGACCAUGUUCAAUGUUAUUUGUCAGGACCUCCUAGGAAUAGACGAGAUUACUGCGAGAAAGUUCGCUUGGUUUCUUGAAUCUCACGAGGAGUAAGUUAAAUCAUUUUGUUGUUCAUACAGAGAAACAUUUUGAAGUGUACCCUGCCUCUCCUAUUGAAGGUACAAUGACCUACCAUGCACUGACUACAUUGACCCCGUUCCGGAAUAAGAAACCGUUCACGAGUAGUCAUCCUUUAGAUAUUGACACAUACUUUGAGUGAAAGUCAGCAGCUGGUUUACUAGAAACUAUAGAGUUUUUGUAAAAACCCUGUAAACAGCAAAUAAAGACAUUUGCCUGGCAAGUCACCCACUUCUAAACACCAAAGCUUACGUUUCAACGACGAUACUCUUGGUAGUUUGUCCAGAUUAGAUCAUCAAUCAAAUCACCUAAAUCCAACUCUCCAAGAUGGCUAUGACGCUACGAUCGAUGAAAUUAUAAAGCUGACUUCACAUAUAUUUCUCUAACAUGUUCCUCAGGUUUUUAAAUUGCGAUGUUUACUUUGUAGGGAGGAUGUAGAAGUAUCAUGCAAAGAACCAUUGGAAAUAAUGAAGUAAGACAUACUGGAAGAUAGUUCCUUAGCAGCUUAGGGACACCUUAACCUGUCUCUUGCCAAAAUUAUGGGAUACAACCCUAAAAAUACCGAAGAUUGAAAGAGCAUAAAAUAAAAUGGGUCUGCCAACUUUCAUGUUUUAAACUCCUACCAGUAAGAAUAUUGGCGAAUAACGGCGAAAAUAGUUCAAGUAGUAAUUGAAAAAGUCGCUGGUUUGCGCGCCUUGCGGUCUAGCAAUACAAACCAUAUACGAACCCUUACAAUUUUGCAGACGUCUCAUAAUUCUUAGUCUUUUUUUGCCAGUCACCUCAAAAUUGGCUCUCUUGUUAAUUUUCCCAUGCUUCUGGCAUCUCUGGUUUUGUUCAGCUCCGUUGUCAAUUCAAUACAUCUUUUUUAAGUAAGCAGGUCACGUGACUGCAAACUCCAAAGGACCCCAAAAGGGCCUAUUGCAAACAUAAAAAUACUUCUCAUCAAGUUUUCCCGGAGGUGAAUAACGUGUUUUGUUUAUUUUCAGGCCAGGAUUUGCUCGAAUAAACUUGCCUUACUUUAUGGAUGACGACACAGCGCACUUUGUGUUAGAAGCAGUCGACAUGGUUGCCACACAUGGCUGGAAAUUGCUACCGCAGGUCAGAAAAACAUGAUAUACAACUAGCAAUUUGAUUAUUUGAUUAACUUUUAAAAUAGAUAUUAAUCACAAGCAGUACAUUCAGUCUCAAGUUCUAUUCAAAGACCUUUGCCCCCCCGUUCAAUGUGGGACGACCAUAAGAUCUUUUCCUCAAGCGCCGCAAAAGAACGCAACAUUAUUGGCCAACAUUAACUCCCAACAUUGUUGGAUGUUACAUGUUGCGUGCGUUUGCACACCCUGUUACAUGUUGUUGCACAAAGUUCGAAACUGGUCAAAACUUUUAGCUACCUGCAAACGGACGCAACAACUCCCAACAAUGUUGCCGUACGUUUGCACGGGGCUUCAGAGAGGUUUGAGUUAGACCUGAUAUACUUUUGGUUCAAAGCCUCUCUCACAUACAAGUGAAAGUACACAUAUUAAUGUAACUAGGAUAUUAAGAAAAAUGAGACUUAAGUCAUUGUAGAUGUUAUUGUGAAUAGAUUCCCCAAUAUAGUUUUUCUAACUAGCCUAUCCAUUAUUUUGUACUGUAGUACCAAUUUGAUCCACACACUGGAGCCUGGAAAAACCGAUAUUUGAACAACAAAAAGCCGCAGAAAAUCUUCAGCCUUAAUGACGUCAUGUAUGACGAAGUUGGCGGGAAGGUGAAAACCUCCGCACCUCGUGAUUAUAACAUCAAACUUGAGGUAUAUUUUUUUUACAGUAUGUCUGUAAAAUUUCGAGACUUAGCAGAGCCAUACCUUCGAAAAUUAUCGAUCUCAAACCUGGUAACAUCACUCAUUCCUUGGUACGCUGUCUAGCGGUGCUGAUGAAUUUUCGCUUACUGGUUAAUGUCAAAAUUUGAAGAAAAAGCAACCAACAAAGCAAAUAAUGGAAGCGUGUACUUCGCACAUAUUCCUCUUUCUUUCCACUCGGAUGUCACUCCUGGUUCGGCACACUUUUCGUGCUCUGAAUUCGGUUUUCGCAGCUAGCAAGUUAAUUCGAGCAACUGAAAUGAAAGAAAUUUAUUCACACGAUUUCUUCGUGGCGUGGACAGUCAGAACUGGAUUCCCUUAAUCCUACCUAUUUUGUCUUUGUAGUGAGACGGGUAACGUCAUUAAUAACAAAGUGAUGUAGCUUUACACUUAUUUUCCCAUUCAGGAAAUAGCUCAGUCCGCAAGCAAAACCCUAGAAGAGGCUUUUGAAUUAAAUAAGGUAAUACAGAGUGAGAGGAUAAAAUGAAAUAUAAAUAAGCAUAUAAGAAAUAAUACUUUGUAUUCUGUAACUUGCGCGUCAAUCAGGAAAGCAUGAAUUGUGCGCAUAUAGGUGUUUUGUCGUAGAGGGUUUACUUGAUUAGACUGGUUAGACCUUAGAAUUUCGACCACGCAAUCAAGAACUACAUUGUGUCCCUAAACUGGACCUCUAGACCUCAUAAUGGGGUACGUUACUUUGAUCCCCGUAUCAGCUAAUGAGGAGAGUAAGUAAGGCACAUUAGAUAGUCAUCUUAGGUACCACUGAAGUACUUUGGAUCGAUCCUUAUGUUCAUUCAUCUUCAGGAAAUCAACACCCUUGACGACAUGAAAGUUGAAUUUUCAGACGACAAAAACCAGUUGAUCUGGUUUUUACAGCCCCAAGAAGCACAGUUCUACCUAGCCGCUGAAAGCUUGAGACACAAACCUAGCGCUCCCUUAACCAGGAGCAAACUUCCAUUCAGGCCGCCGUCAAGCAGAAAGAGUCAUUUACAGCGAAGAUGGACAGAACUUCAAGAAAUCCAAGGAUACAAAACUGGGGGUACGUUAUUUAGGGUAGUAAUAAAAACCAGAGGCAGGGGAGGGGCCCAGGGGCAAUGGUUCCCUUGUACUGCAUCCUUUGCCUCCUUUUGCCUCUAUAGGUAUCUUGCGUCAUUUACUUUGCAAAUAUUUUACACAAAGGUUUCUUUAAAGGCCAAGAAAUUAAUGUCAGUGCCUCAUAAUAACGUUGAAUCAUAUCUUUGAUUAUGAGUUUCGGACGUGAAGCACGAGUCACCGUCACACAACCCAUUCACACACUUAAGGAAAGUUUUGACUCAAUACCCUUGUUAGAGCGUGGUAGCUCUGUGGUAUUUCGACAUAGUGCAUGAUGGGAAAGGGAGAACCAAGACAUGUUGUACGGAAUAGAGUUGUGUUGGUGAACAUCUGCUGUUUUGUCUCUGAUCCGACAUCUUAUAACAUGGCACCAGGAGCGCAAAGAGCCACGAAACUGUUGCUUCAAGUCCCUAGGACUGCUGUGGGACGUGUUUGGAGUCUUAAUGUGGAGAAAUUGGGGAAAUCUGAUCAGAAAAUACUGAUCGGACAUCUUCGCGCCAAAACUACAAUCGAAUGGAUCGUGGUAAAAUCUGUUUGGUUCUCAGGAUGUUUUCGGGACUCUCUAGACGAGAAAAUCUGAUAAUUUCUGUCUGCUGCUUUUGUGGAAAAACAUGUCGGAAGAAGGUGCCGAGGCUGCCCCAGCUCAAAACGCUGGAUUUUCUACUGGAAAAAUAAUGAACUUUGAAAGACCGACGUUCAUCCGUCGCCUAGAGAAUCGCCUGGUUGCAAUAAGAGCCUUUAAGAAAAAAAGUGGUUUCAUCUUCAAAGGAAGCCUUGUUAACAUCUCAAACGAAAGGAAAUGCAUACUGGUACAAGACUAGCUCGGACCUGAAGACUAAAGAUUUACGAUAGUUUAGAUUGGUUCGAAGGUGAGGAUAUAAACGACUAUGAUCUGAUGUGGACUAAAAUGGAGAGAGCGGUAAGUCCGGAAUGUAACGAGAUCCUUGUCUCUAAGAAAUUCAAGGAACGAAUGCAAAAACCUGGAGAGACAAUCACUGUUUUUCUCACAGAUUUGAUGCUGUUAGGGAAAGAGUGUGAUUAUGCAGACGAAGUUAGACAACUGUGAGAUCAAUUUGUUUAUGCAGUAUCUGAUGAAGAAUUAAAGAAAAGAUUACUAGAAAAAGGAAGUACUCUCACAGGAGUUGAGGCUAAUGCGAUUGGCAAAGCCUAUGAAAGCACUAAACUUGAAGUUCAGGAAUGUAGUGCAAAACAACCUGCAAAAGAGAGUGUAAACGCCGUGUCUAAAGAUAAACUAAGGAAAAUUCUCAUGUGUAAUUACUGUGUCAACAAGAAAGGAGCUCAUAGCUUCUUAGACAAAAAAAACUCUGUCCCGCCUGGGGAGCAGUAUGCAGAAAAUGCAAGAUUAAAAAUCACUACCAAGAUUCAAAUGAGUGUAUACGGUUAGAAAGAGAGAGACAAGGAAAACAGUCAGAUCCAAAGCAUUCGAAAUCGUCGAAAAAACCAUUUGUUCUGAAAGUAAAAGAAGAUGGCGAACACUAUUACGAAGUUCUGGACAAAAUAUGUGUACUCAAUCAGGACGGCGACCAGAAGAAAGCCUUUGCAAACCUGUUGCUUUCAAAGAAACGAAUUCCUGCGAAGUUUCAGAUAGACUCUGGUUCUACAUGUAGUAUUCUCCUGGUGAAUGUAUACAAGGAUAUAAGUGGAGAUAAUGAUUUAAAGGAUCUCAACACUGAAUUCAAGCCUCUUCUGUCUCUGUAUGAUGAAGAAACAAAAAUACAGACACUGGGAACCAGAAAAGUCUGUAUUUAAUCCCGCUACCGAGGAAGAAGUGAUUAUCCAAUUAAGAAUUGUUGACAGAGCCGUGACACCCCCCACUGGUCUUCAUGUUUCAGAAAUUUUAAAACUCAUUGAACUUUUACGGGAGAAACAUUGCCGUUGUAGGACCAGCUAAGCCAAGUGUCCCUCCAACAGCCACUGAGGGGUCGAAAACAACUAUCGAUAGAAACCAUUUUGACUAACUAACCUAAGAUAUUUGAUGACAGUGUGGGGAAGGUUGAGAGCACAUGGCAUCUUUACACAAAGGAUGAUGUUACACCACACAAAAAAGGUUAAGGAGAAAUCCCUCUGUAUGUUAAGAACAACCUCAUUGCUGAAGUGCAAGACCUCCAACAAAAGAUAUACGGGAGAAAGUGACUGAGCCCACUGAAUGGGUGAGUGCUCCUGCAAUUGUAAACAAGCCGUCCGCUAAGAAUGGAAUAAGGCUAUGCAUAGAUAGCAGACCACUGAACACAGCACUCAAGCGCUGUGAGUACCCAGUUCCAACUGUUGAUCAUCUGCACACAGAAAUUAGCGAUGCUAAAGUAUUUUCCUUAGCUGAUAUCAAGUCUGCCUUUUGGCACAUCCCAUUAGAUAAAGAAAGCUCCCUGUUGACGACGUUUAAUACCCCUCUUGGAAGGACUAAAUGGAACAGAAUGCCUUUCGGCAUUAGUGUAGCUCCUGAAGAAUUUCAAAGAAGAAUCGACGAGAACUUAGAAGAUGACGGUGUUAAAGCAAUCGCUGAUGACAUCCUAGCCUGAUCUGGGAUGAUGGUGAAACCAUUGAAGAGGCGACAGCCAAUCAUGAAGAACGCCCGUUAACUUUGCUAAAACGAUGCAAACAUAAGAAUAUUAAACUUCGCAAAGAGAAGUUCCACCUGCGGAAGACUGAAUUGUUCUUCAUGGGUGUGGUUCUGACAGACAAAGCUGUUAAGAAGAAACAAGAUUGUAUUCAAUCAAAGCCUGCCACAACAAACAAAGAUGAAGUAAGACGAUUACUUGGUGUAGAAACUUACCUCUCACGAUUUUCUGAGGACUUGUCAACCAAGUCAGAACCGCUACGAACAUUGCUCAAAAAAGAAACUGCGUUUAUCUGGGAAGCAAAUGAACAGAAAGCUUUUGAAGAAAUAAAGACCCUCAUCUCAAACGCACCAUUAUUGAAGUGCUUCAACCCAGUCGAGACAGUAGAAAUACAAGUUGACGCAUCACCAAGUGGAUUAGGACCAUGCCUCAUGCAAGGUAAUCAGCAUAUACAGUAUGCUUCGAGAGCAUUAACUGAAACUGAAAACGCUAUAGUCGAGUUGAGAAAGAGAUGCUUAGUAAUGUUUAUGGUCUCACUAGAUUCCACACCUACACUUAUGGUCGAAAAGUGACAAUUUACAAUGACCACAAACCGCUGGCUGCUGUAUUGAAGAAACCUAUUGCAGAUAGUCCUGUGAGACUCCAACGAAUGCUCUGCAGAAUCAUGAACUUCGAAUUUAAGUUUGUGAAAGGCAAAGAUCUUAUUGCUGACGCACUUAGCAGAUCCCAAACAACAAGCCAGAACCGAAGCACGUUUGAACAUGGGAUUGAAACAACUCGAGUGGUCCAUGAAGAUCAAAGCGCUGAAAUUGCAGAAGCAACAGCCGAUGACACCGAAUUACAGUCAGUAGUUCACCACAUCUCUAAAGGCUGGACAAACAACAAAAGAAACGUACCUGUUGCAAUUCUAUCCUACUGGAGCAUCAAGGACGAACUGUCGGUCAGUGGUAGAAUUGUUUACAAGAACGAUCGCAUCGUAGUUCCGGUGGCCCUGAGGAAGACACUCGUGAAACUACAUCAAGCGCAGCAUAUGUGUACAGAAUCAACCCUUAGACGCGCCAGAACAUCCUUAUGGUGGCCAAGCAUGAACAACCAACUAAAGAAGUUUCUUGCCACAUGUGAAGUCUGCAACGCUUUCUAGACCAAAAAAACUCUGAUAGUCAUGAAAUUCCUAACAGACCGUGGUCCAAAGUCGGUUCUGAUAAUUUCGAGUGGCGGAGAGUACACUAUCUAGUAUUGGUUGACUAUUACAGUAACUGAAUUGAAUUUGACCUGAUGAGAAACCAAAGUGCUGCUGAGAUCAUCAAUUUGAUGCAAAAACAGUGGAACGAAUUACGACUCCGUUGAAUUCUCACAGCUCUGUAAACAAAACAACAUCGAACAGACCAAAUAUUCACCUCAUCACCACCAGAGCAAUGGGAAAUUUGAAUCUGCUGUGAAGAUUGUAAAGACAUCGUUGAAGAAGACAGAGAAAACUGCAUUAAAUCCGUAUGAAGCGUUGCUUGACCGGCAUAACACACCCACCAUUGAUAUGACAACAUCUCUGGCACAAAGAUUCCUAAACCUCUGAACAAGACCGGAAAUACCUAUCAGAGGAACUUUACUUACACCGGAAAUUGCAGAGAAAGUGUUAGAAGAGAAAACCUGGGAAACCAAGAAACCUCAAGUUUAUUAUAACAAAUCUGUCAGAGAUCUGAAUGAGCUAAAGCCUGGUGACACUGUUCGAGUAAAGCCAGAGACUUUAGUCAAAGGACAAGAGUGGAAGAAAGUGACUGUAACACAGAGUCAUGGAUACAGAUCAUACGACGUAAACGUAGGAGGAAAAGUACCAGGAGAAACCUUGUACACCGAAAGCCAGACAAGCAGGUCAAAAUAACGGAACCAUCCCUGAAGUCUGAAGAACAGAAGCCCUAGGACCAAGUCAGCACCUCCUACCCACCGGAGCAUGCACGUGAAGCCACAAAAUAGACCGCAAAGACUUGGAAACUGAAUGCACCAAUAUAGAACUGAUUAAUGUAAAACGAACACGUUCAGGACGCUUACAUAUAGAUAAAACACUGCAGAGAUAUAGUUAUAACUGAACGUCAAAUAGACAUUUUAUUGGGGAAGAAAGUGUUAGAGGGCAGUAUCCCUGUUGUAUCUCGACGUAGUGCACGAUGGGAAAGGGAGAAGGAAGACAUGUUGUUUGGAAUAAAGUUCCGACACCUUAUAACAGCCCUCUUCCCCUUCAGUCGCGUUCUUAAUUGUCUAUGCUCUUUCUCUAUUGCGUUUUAUUUUGAAUGUUUGUUUAAACCAAGCCCAAUAAUAAUUAUAAUAAUAAUAACAAUAAUAAUCAUAAUCAUAAUCAUAAUAUACAAAAAUCGUUAUUAACAUAUGACUGCUUUCUUCAAGCCUUAAGAAAAGACAAACAAACAAACAAACAAACAACAACAAAAACAGUAAAUUAUUCUUUCGCCAAAUGUUACUUCUGAUAAAUCAACUUUACAGAGUGGGUUGGUGUGGGAAUCGUUACUUAGAGUGCUAAGCAGGGAGAUUUUCAUUCAUUGACCUCCAAAAAAACCGCCAACUGUACAAAUGAUGUUAUCUUUUCUCAAAGUAGUGCUCAAUUGAAGGCAACACGUUUGUGGUUAAAUACGACAACCGUGUCCAUCGUGCCUACGGCAAACAUAUAUUCAACUUAUUAUGUUUAUUCAGCCAUUUUUUUUUCUUUCGCAGGCAAUAAUAAGAUAACUGACCUGAACGAUAACGAGUUUCCGCGAAAACCACGAGAAGCAUGGACACCAAAGUUACAAAGGAAAUCCUUACCUGUUGGGGUCGAUAGAAUGGGCAAGAAACGAAAACCAAAAUGCAUUAUUCAGUAGAAUCUUUACAUCUGAAAUGCAAGAACUAAGUAAGGCAGGAUGCCACGCAAAUCAUUAAGGCACAUCACUGUGAAUCCAU